AUACCGUCGGUUAGACCACACUCAGAUAGCGUACGCAAGUCUCGAAAUCUAAGUGCGGCCAGCUUCUUAAAAACAGAUUGAUCAAAAUACUGGGAAAAUGAAACUGUACGUCGCAACGUUUGUGGUGCUCAACACCUUUCUCUUAUUGCUAAGCACUUUAUCAAUGGCAUCUCCAUUAGACAGCUACUCUGAAGAUGAAGUCAUUAUUACUGACGACGGCGGCACUAUGUACGUGGUGGAUGAUUACGCAGACAAGGAAAUGAGAAACGACGUGGAAUACAUUUAUCCUGCAUUGCAAAAGAGGAAAUCGUCGGUGUACAAAUACCGUAAGUCGUGCGUGCCAAGAGGCGGAAACUGUGACCAUAGACCCAAAAACUGUUGCGACAACGGUUCGUGUCGGUGCAACUUGUGGGGCGCCAACUGCAAGUGCCAACGGAUGGGAUUCUUCCAGAAAUGGGGAAAGUGAAGUAGAAAAUUGGCAAAGAACUUCAUCAACAGCUAUCAUCCAAGAGCCGAGGUGCAUCACACCACCCUUUUGAUUGAACACAAGUUUCCUUGUUCAUUGUUAAAAUGUAUUAAGUACUUUAUUCACCGUACAUUUUACGCAUAUUGUCCGAUUUGU